AUGACGAAAAGAGUUCGAACUCAGAAGCAACUGUCAGUGAACGACAUUGAGGACGAGUUACCUGAACAGAUGAAGUGUUGCAAGUGGGAACCAUCGAAGUGGCGUAUUCAACUCGAUAACAUUCGAAAGAUGCGCGAAAGUCGCGAUGCGCCUGUAGACACUAUGGGUUGUGAAAGACUAGCUAACGAAUCAGAAGAUCCAAAAACGUUCAGAUUACAGGUAUUGAUAAGUCUUAUGCUUUCAAGUCAAACGAAAGAUCAAGUUACAGCUGCUGCUAUGGAACGUUUGAAGUCAAGAGGAUGUACUUUAACAAAUUUAAUAAAUAUGAAGACAGAAGAAUUGCAAGGAUUGAUAUAUCCAGUCGGUUUUCACAAAACCAAAGCCGUGAAUAUAAAAAAGACAUGUGAAAUCCUCAAAGAAAAAUUUGACUCAGAUAUUCCAAGAAAUGUUAAGGAAUUGUGCACACUGCCUGGUGUCGGUCCGAAGAUGGCGCAUUUAGCAAUGCAGUGUGCAUGGAAAGAAGUAACGGGUAUUGGUGUUGAUACACAUGUGCACCGAAUCGUCAACCGUUUAAGAUGGACUAAGAAACCAACUAAAACCCCAGAAGAAACUCGUAUUAUGCUGGAAGAAUGGUUGCCAAGUGACUACUGGAGAGAGAUUAAUUGGCUACUAGUCGGUUUCGGUCAACAAAUAUGUCGUCCAGUGAAUCCAAAUUGUGUGGAUUGUUUAAAUCGGUCAAUCUGCCCAUCAUCCACGUCAAAAGUGAAAGCAACAACAACGAAGAGUAAAUCAUGA